AUGCUUCGCCCUCAUAGCUUACCAGGUGGUAAACUCGCAGUCUUCUUCAAACCCAUGGCACAAUGGGCUAAGAUCGACUACUUGUAUGGCGAGCAAGCAUGGUUAGACAAAAAUCCUUUGCCCACAGGAAAGGUUCUCGUUGGGUGCGUGGUGCAAAACUUGUACACGUUCUAUCUGUUGGCUCUGCUCUCAGGAGACUCAAUGGGUUGGCCGUUGAAGUCGAAGGGCAUUAGAGGAGCCUCAGCCAUCGCCGCGACUAUGACUGGCCUAAUCGCGGCCGUCAUGCAGCUUACCACAGCAUCAUUCUACAUCUCGGCAGAACUGGGAUCCCCCGUGUUUUAUGAGCAGACUUACUCAAUCACCAUCUGGCUCGUCGUAACGUAA